AUGCGCGCAAACACUCCAUUCUCCCCAGUGACUUCCCAGAUUGUCCUAUGCGACCCCUUUGCAAAGCAAGCCGCCGUGGCCGCCAUAGCACUGAGCUUCCACACCUGGUUCCAAAUCUCGUCAUCACUCUCAAACCCCCUGAAGUUCCUUGGGCUCAAGCGUACCCUAUCGAUUGUCGCCUCGAACCCCACGCUUGAGAAGGACAUGGUGCUGUUCGUCAAGAGCCUGAUGGACUGCCACUUCGGGCUGCCCUGGAUGAGCAGGGAUGUGACUCGGCCGACGGACGUGAGGUUGAACAUCUGGACGCGGAAGCUGUUGCUCAGCUGGUUGGAGAAGGUGUACGGCCCGUCCGCCCGCGAACGCGUCUUCGAGUCCGUCAAAUUGCUUCGUGUCCUUCACCUCGAUCUGGGUCGGGGCGCUGAGGGUGGAGACUUCAAGAUCGGAUAG